CUUGACACCAGACUUCCACCAUGAACUUCUAUCGCUAUUCCGAUCGUCUCCUACUCAAGAAUUCAACUCUGUUAAGUGAAGUCUCCGCUUGACAUACCUCAAAAUCUUUGCCAUUCUGAACCUUCCGUCUGGACACGGGCCGGUGAUAGGUCCAAGUCGACGCAACGUACGCCAGGAUGGCGGAAACAAUGGUGAACGGCCACCGCGAAGUUGAGAUGCCAGCACCUCCUGUUGACCCUCUUUCAAGACCACAGACACCUCCGCCUCCCCCAUCCGCUGAGACUGAACCUCCUCCGCCUCCGUUAGAAGCAAGGUUUGCGCCACCUCCUCCGCCUACAGACUCAAGCAUUCCCCCUCCCCCGCCUGGGCCAGUGCCACCUCCUCCUAGCGACAACGAAGGCUCUACAACAAAUGAUGUCAGGCCACAACCUCCGAAGAAGAAGGGCUGGGGGGCGGCAAAGACGGCGAAGGCGACGCCACUGAGUGUGGAAGAACUCCUGAAGAAGAAGCGAGAAGCCGAUCUUGCGGCCAGCAAACCAAAGUUUCUCUCCAGGGCGGAGCGUGAAAAGCUGGCUUUGGAGAAGCGGCAGAAGGAGGUUGAGGCGAUCUCCGCUCAGAAACAACAGAACGGGGUAGCCCGGAAUGGCUCCUCUGCACCGCCUGAACCGUCCAAGCCAAGUUCGGCACCGACUGGACCAAAGGCUCUUCGUAACGGAGAUGUACCCAGAGGCCCUGCUGCGAUGCGGUCACGAGGGCCCAACAAGGGCGUCGACUUUGCUCCGCCCGCGGCACCCAAGUCGAUCGCGUUUGGUGGUGAUUCCCGAGCACAAAAGCGAGGGGCGGAGGACGACCGGUCUGAAAAGGCAGAAGUGGAGAUUAUCCGACAGAGGUAUAUGGGUGCUGACAUGAAUGUGUCGACCUUCUCUGCCUUGAAGAAGCGACGACGCACGACAGAAAAGAAAUUCAACUUUGAAUGGAAUGCCGAAGAGGACACCACACCCGACUACAAUCCCAUCUACAACAACCGCGCUGAGGUCAACUUCUUCGGGAGAGGUCGACUGGGUGGGUUUGAUCAACAAGCGGCCGAUGCAGCUGCACGGAAGUAUGCAGAGGCAUUACAGUCCAGAGAUACAGUUGCAGGAGCAGCCCGCGCCCAAGAGAUUCUCGAAAUGGAGCGCAAGAGGAAGGAAGAAUCCGGCCGCAUGGCAAUUGACAAACACUGGAGUGAAAAGAAAUUGGAGCAUAUGCGGGAACGCGACUGGCGCAUAUUCAAGGAGGAUUUCAAUAUCAGCACGAAAGGUGGCGGUAUCCCCAACCCCAUGCGCAACUGGAAAGAAUCUGGACUUCCGAGAAAGCUGUUGGAAAUCAUUGACCAAGUAGGAUAUGUCGAUCCUUCACCGAUUCAAAGGGCCGCCAUCCCCAUCGCCCUUCAAAACCGCGACCUCAUCGGUGUUGCAGUAACCGGUUCCGGCAAGACUGCCGCCUUCCUCCUCCCUCUACUUGUCUACAUCGCCGAACUUCCGCGUCUAGACGAAGACGAUAUGCGGCGGAAUAAUGGACCCUACGCCAUCAUCCUUGCCCCCACCCGUGAACUCGCACAACAAAUCGAAAUUGAAGCAAAAAAGUUUGCCACACCCCUGGGUUUCACGGUCGUCUCAAUAGUAGGAGGUCACAGCAUCGAAGAACAAGCUUAUAACCUUCGCAACGGUGCAGAAAUCAUCAUCGCGACGCCGGGUCGUCUGGUGGACUGUAUUGAUCGCCGCAUCAUUGUGCUGGAGCAAUGCUGCUACGUGAUCAUGGACGAAGCAGACCGCAUGAUCGACCUUGGGUUUGAGGAACCUGUGAACAAAAUCCUGGAUGCCCUACCUGUAAGCAACGAGAAGCCCGACAGUGAGGCCGCGGAAGACGGAAGAGCCAUGUCCCGCCACCUAGGUGGAAAAGACCGAUACCGCCAGACCAUGAUGUAUACAGCCACCAUGCCUGCCGCGGUCGAGAGGAUCGCACGAAAAUACCUGAGAAGGCCGGCGAUCGUGACGAUUGGUAAUGUGGGCGAAGCAGUCGACACCGUCGAACAACGGGUGGAAUUCGUUGCUGGCGAAGACAAGCGCAAGAAGCGACUGAACGAGAUCCUCUCCAGUGGCGAAUUCCGACCGCCGAUCAUCGUCUUUGUGAAUAUCAAGCGGAAUUGCGACGCGGUCGCCAGGGACAUCAAAUCCAUGGGAUUCAGCAGUGUCACGCUGCACGGGUCCAAGACGCAGGAACAGCGUGAGGCAGCUCUGCAAUCGGUCCGGGACGGCAAAACCGAUGUCCUCGUCGCGACCGACUUGGCAGGCCGUGGUAUCGAUGUCCCCGACGUGAGCUUGGUGGUCAACUUCAACAUGGCGACCAACAUUGAAUCCUACACCCACCGCAUCGGGCGUACCGGACGCGCAGGCAAAUCCGGCGUGGCGAUCACGUUCCUCGGCAACGAGGACAACGAUGUGUUGUACGAUCUGAAGCAGAUGCUGAUGAAGAGUUCCAUCAGUAGGGUGCCGGAGGAGUUGCGGAAGCACGAGGCGGCGCAGCAGAAGAGAGGCGCCGGCCUGGCCGGAGGCGACAAGAUGAAGGGCGGGAAAUCGGCCGGGGAUGAGAGCGGCGGGUUCGGAGGCAAGGGUGGUGGUGGGUGGUAGAUAGACUACAUACACAGUCGUCAAUGAAUGGAUGAACAUGGUUAUGGUUGAUGGAAGAAUAGCUGCCUCUUCCGAUUGCUACAUUACCGAGUACAAUCAGAGCAGACAGACAGGAAAACACAGGAGGAAGAUCACCCCGAAUCCAGGGUUGUCGCUUCUCGCUUCUCGGUGAUGUCGUCCCAGGGCACAAACAGAGGUUGCUCUCAUCUUAGCUUGUCUCCUGUUUCUCCUGUACAUACUACUCUGCUUGAUGUUGUGAAUGGUUGUUACACUACCACACCUUCACUUUCCAACUCCCGCUCUCAGGAGAUGCAGGAAACCAGUUAAUCAAUCAAUCAAC